AGGUUCACCCCGGACGGAGGAGGUUGACCCCAAACCGAGGCCGACCCUAAGACUAAGUCAAAAUGGUUGUCUCUACGCUGGACUGAUAGUUUAAUUUGAUGUUCCUUCUAUCAGUAUUCGAAACCUAACCACUAAUAAAAACGUCGUUGUCUACUUUAGUCAUCAAUUUUCAUGUCCAUAUACAAGGAAAUGAUGAAUCAUUGUGGACACAUUUCCCUAAGACGUGAACUCCAGGAAAUGCAAUAUUACUCACUUGAACUCAACCCUUGCCCUUCGAAGCAGAGUUUCCAGCAUGUGACCUUGAGCCGUUUCGCGAUUGGCUGUAGGCGGGAGCGUCAGCGUCUCGCGUGCUAUAUAAGAACCGACUCACGUCGUUUGGCUACGGUCGCCUGUGAUUCCCGACGGAUAUGAAGACCCUGGCCAUCGCUGUUGCCCUCGUGGCGUUUGUCGCUGUCAGUGUCAGCGGUGAUCCUGAAGCUGAUGCUGAGCCCAGCCGCUAUAGAGGCGGCUUUGGAGGGCAUGGGCUCGUGUCCUACAGACCCGUGUAUAGCGGCUACGGAUACGGACGCUGGAAGAGGAGUGCUGAGGCUGAGCCUGUAGCUGAGGCUGAGGCUGAGCCCGAAGCUGAUCCUUCCCGCUUCGGAUACGGGUAUGGCGGCUAUGGACAGGUGUCCUACAGACCCGUGUACAGCAGCUACGGAUACGGACGCUGGAAGAGGAGUGCUGAACCUUUAGCUGAGGCUGAGCCCGAGCCCGAGGCUGAUCCUUCCCGCUUCGGAUACGGGUAUGGCAGCUAUGGGCACGUGUCCUUCAGGCCCGUUUACAGCAGCCACGGUUACGGACGCUGGAAGAGGAGUGCUGAGGCAGAACCUGUAGCUGAGGCUGAGCCCGAAGCGGAUCCUUCCCGCUUCGGAUACGGGUAUGGCGGCUAUGGACAGGUGUCAUUCAGGCCCGUGUACAGCAGCUACGGAUACGGACGCUGGAAGAGGAGUGCUGAGGCUGAUCCCGGAUUCAGCUUCGGUCGCGGAUUCGGAGGUCACAGCAGCUUCGGAGGCUACAGGGGCUAUGGAGGCUACGGCGGGAGCUUUGGAGGACAUGGUCGUUUCUAUGGCUGAAGAAUUUUGGUUCAAGAAAGAUGAAUAAAACUGAGCAAUUUCA